GAAGCAAAUUGACAGAAAGCUGUCAUCACAUUGAAACGAAAGAAAUGUUUUUAGUGUGACUUGAGAAAUUACUUAUGAUAUGAUUUAUUUAUGAAAUAUUCUUAGGACUGUGUUCUUCAGGAAUAUUUAGCUUACUCAAGUAUGUUCGAUAAUAUUCCUUGACCCAGAAUGGAUAGAUGUUAAUUAUUUUGUAGAAAAAUUUUCAGCUUAGAGAAUUAUUUGACCUUUUAAUUAUGGCUCCACUCCCAUUAGAGGGCUUGCAGACCCCGGUAGCUAAUAGUAUGACCCAAGGUGGUUUAAACGGACCCCAAGAAGGAAACCGGGGAGGAAUGAUAUCUUUAGCAAUGCUUAUAGAUUUCAUUGUACAGAGAACCUACAAUGAACUUACCAUUUUAGCUGAAUUAUUGCCAAGAAAAACUGAUAUGGAACGGAAAAUUGAAAUUUAUAACUUUUCUACUAGAACAAGGCAACUAUUCGUAAGGUUAUUAGCACUUGUUAAAUGGGCAAGCAGUGCUUCUAAAGUUGAAAAAUCAGCGCAUAUUAUGGCUUUUCUCGAAAAACAAUCGUCUUUAUUUGUGGAAACUGCAGAUAUGCUUGCUCGAAUGGCAAGAGAAACUUUAGUUCAGGCUCGUCUUCCAAACUUUCAUAUUCCAGCCGCUGUUGAGGUUCUCACAACAGGAACUUAUGGAAGAUUGCCAGCAUGUAUAAGGGAAAAAAUUGUUCCCCCAGAUCCAAUUACUACUUUGGAAAAACGCACCACUCUUCAAAGGCUUAAUCAAGUUAUCCAACACCGACUUGUUACAGGAAACUUGCUACCACAAAUGAAAAAUUUGAAGAUUGACAAUGGUCGAGUGACUUUUCAUGUUCCAAAUGAGUUUGAAGUUUCACUCACUGUGAUGGGGGAUAACCCCAAUAUCCCUUGGAGAUUAUUAGAAAUUGACAUUUUAGUAGCAGAUAAGGAAACAGGAGAUGGAAAAGUGCUUGUCCAUUCUCUUCAAGUUAAUUAUAUACAUCAGUUUAUACAGGCCCGAUUGGCUGAUAAUACACAACCUUUAACAGAAGUUUAUAAUUGUUUGCACUUCUUUUGUCAGUCCCUACAGUUGGAAGUUCUGUACUCACAAACACUUCGUUUAAUGCGGGAUAGAUUAGACGAUAAUAUACAUGUGGAUGAAUACGGUCCUGGAAGGUGUUUAACUGUAUCAUAUUGGAGGGAAUUAACAACAAGAGGUAAAGAACAAUUGAAUAAAGAUUUGAGAUCUGAAUUGGGGUACAAGUUGUCUGUUCAAGUUGAUAGUCACGAUCCUGCUCGUCCAUUGACAGUAGUCCAUGUGCCUUCUCUAGGGAAUAAAGAGUGUGAAAUAACUGAUAGAGCAAUUAGAACAGAAAUUUUAUCAAUGGAAAGAUUACUUGUACAUACAAUCUAUGUAAGAACGAAGAGCCGUUUGAAUGAUAUCAAGUUGGAACUUCAAGGAAUGCUCAAUGAUGUCGAGUGUUGUUUACAAGGAUCUCCAGCCAUUCUGUCCGUUGCAAUUCUUCAACCUUGUCUAAGAGCUGAGCAGUUGUUAAUAACUGUAGAUACUCACACAGGCAUUUUACAGUGUCAUGUUCCACAAUAUGAACCACCCAUAAUUAAUGAACUGAACAAUGCUCUCAAUGGUGAUCAUUCCAAAUUGCCACAUCUCAUAUCUGAAUUAAGGUACUGGAUUACACAAAGACGAUGUGAGAAAACUCUACAACAUUUACCAGCUACUGCACAUGAAAAAUUACCACUUCUUCAUCAACCUGACCACCCAAUAACGAAAAUAAGUAAACACAGGAUGUAUAUACAAUUUCAUAAACAUACAAAUGUUGUUUUGAUUGUAGAACUUAAAGAAAGAGAACAUAGUCCCUGUGAGAUGGACUUCUCUUUUUAUAUGAUAUUGGUGAAGCAUUCAAGUAUUGAUGAUAAUCCUGAUGAUGAGAGCAUUGAAUCAGAAAUUCCUAAAAUGUUUUUGAAGGUCCAAACUCUGAUUGAAUUUGAUACUUUUGUAGUAACACAUGGACCUUUCACAAAUGUGGACAUUGGUAUAGAUAUAGACCAACCAGAAGCAGGUAGCUUGAAAAGAAAAAUUUCUAACAACAAAUCAGAACCAUCCAUACGAAGAUCCAAGCAACCAGCAUACUUUAUCGCAGAGUUGGCGCACGUAGUGGCCAUGUGUGAUGAAAGACUUCCGUUUGUGGCAUUAGCCUCUGAAUUAACAAGAAAAAAUAUUUUCCAUCAAGGAGUUCAAGUAGAAGCGAAUGCAACUGGUUUAGUUCUGAAACUUAUCCAGUUGCCACCACCUACCCCUGAAAUAGGGCAUUCUCAAGCUUGGCGUGCCUUGCUGAAACAUCUUUUGUCUGUUUCUAUCAGGGUACUAAGCAAAGGUGUGAUAAAAAGCUGGGUUGUGGAAUUUGUAUUUCAUUUAACACCCCUAGCAAGUACCCAUCCUAAAGAACAAGGCUCCCGGAGACCAGUAUAUUUUCAAUAUGAAAUGUCUUCGAGCAAUGCAUCAGCUAGUGUUGAGUCACUUCUGAAUGAUUGGGCGCAGAUAGUUCAUUUGUAUACUUUGGUUUAUGAUCUCAGCGAGUAUUUGAAGGUUGAUAAAUACAGCUUCUUCAAUAAUUUAUUCAGUGUUAAAUCAUACAGUUAUAAUAAAUUAGUGUUAUGUUAUGGACCGGAUAAGGGUGCAAUGGUGUCAAUAAAUUGGAACAAUAAUCAAAAGUUAUUCAAACUUGCAUUUGGUGCCAUGAAUAAUGCACUGAAUGCACAUUCACUGAUUAAAGAACACCUGGAGGCUUAUCUAAAUGAACAACGCAAUUUGGCACAAGUAGUUCAGCUUCUUCAUGAAACAUAUGAGCCCCUAAUCUCGAUCAGUAAAUUACCUUCUCUUCCACAACUAGGCAUACAUAAUAAUAGACCUCAAGUGCCAGUUCAAACAUUUAAUAUAAUUCCUCAAUCAUGUACACUCAUUAGAAUAUCCUACCAAGGAAUGUAUUGUUUAGAGUUAAGAAUUAGAGGAUCUGGAUUGAUUUCACUUAGGGAUGGAGCAUACAGUCGUUUUGAUAGAUCGAAUGUUGUUGAUGUGUUUUCACCAACUCCUGGUCUCAAAGCAUUUUUAUCAAAGUAUGUUGAUGAGAGUGCUGUUUUUCGAAGAAGAUCCCAAUCUGAAGAUGAUAAUCCACCAUCACCGAUAUCAAUGGAAGUAGAGGGUGGUAGUUUUCUUGGUGGUCAUCACCGAGGUCCACAAUCCCCUGCAGGAACCAGGGAACCAGGUCUUCGUUUCCAUCCACCACUUACUCCCCCAUCAGGUUCAAACCCACAUACUCCAGCAAGUCCAUUGACUAGUAUGAAUCAGCCAAAUACUCACACCAGUUUUGGCAAUAGUCCAGCAACUUCCUUUAGUUUAGCAUCACCAACUAAUAUAAAUCCUAGUCCUAUGCCACACCCUAGCCCUGGUUCUGGAUUUGUAGCAAACUCACCUCAGCUAGCUAGUCCUGGUGGACUGUUAUCUAAUUCAUCCCCAGGACCUGUUUCAACGAACCUACCAGGACACUCACCAGUCAGUAGCUUCAUGCAAACAGCCCACACUGAUGGUAGUCCUUUUCCUGCUGCUCAGAGCAUGACUUCUCCUGCAGCUUCUACUUGGCCAGGCUCUCCUAACAUGCCUAGACCUUCACCAGCAAGGCCGGGACAGUCUCCUGUAGGUCAUCCUGUGAUGCAUAGUCCACAAUCAGAACUCAGAACAGGAAGUCACCUGUCAAGAGUCCUUCCACAGAGGUCAUGGGCUGGUGCGGUUCCUACCCUCUUGACACAUGAAGCUUUGGAGAAUUUGUGUUGUCCCACAACCCAUCCUCAGGGAUAUCCUGGGCCGGAGCUAGCGCCACUGGAACGAUUCCUUGGUUGUGUAUAUAUGAGGAGACAGUUACAAAGAUUCAUCCAAAAUGAAAAUUACCUUCAUCUUAUACCUUCAACAGAAGUUGGAGUCUAUCAUUUCAGAGUAGCUGAUACCUUCCAAUGUAGGAUUGGUUUGAACCCUCAACAUCUGCAAAGUUUGCAUAUCAAAAUUACAUCGUUGAUUGAGCAUAAAGAUAUAUGGACUGCUGAAGAAAUUCAAACAUUGGAGAAAUUCUUUGAUGCUCAUGCUUCAGUCCCCCCUUAUAAACCUAAUACAGUAUUUACUUUUUGUAUGAUGUUGAAUGUUCCAGUUAAUGUACUUAAGGACUUCAUACAGAUUAUGAAAUUGGAGUUUAUGCAGAUUCCUUUACAAGGAAUAAAGUGGUCAGUGCAAUGGAUUUUGAGAAUUCCACCAUCUGCUACUCCCCUUGUACCAACCGGUCACUCCAGUGUUAUCAUAUUCAAGAAUAAAAUUCUUUUCUUUUUGCAAAUUACAAGAAUUGGUAUACAGUACCCUAACAAUAUGGAGCCCCCAACUUUGGUACUGCCUUUCAUUUACGAUAUUAGCUCUAAUAUCACACAAUUAGCUGAUAAAAAUGCUGCCAGUGUACCUGGGGUGGUUGUCGCCAGUCAAUUACUCAAGCAGUUCAUGCAAUUCCAGAACAAUAUGACAGAAUGUUCCAUUUUCCCGGCUAUAAGGGAACUACUUUUUAAUUUAGUUUUACCAACAGACCCUCAACAACCGAACACAGUGGUGCCACAACAAAUGCAAUCCCCUGCUAUGCAGAUGGGACAAGUUGGCCAACCUGGUUAUCCUGUAAACAUGCCUAUGGGAAUGAUGGGUUAACCAGAAGGAAUUAUUUUUGUAUAAAUAAUAGUUUCUUAUUAUGUACGUAUAAAAUGUAAUAUGUAAAGGAAUAAAUUUAUUUCUCUCAA